UCGUGGAGAAGGAGCUCCCCGUCCAACUGCUCAUUGACCCCAGGAAGGUCUGCGACAUCCCGUCUUGGGAAAGAUAUUACAACCACCGCAGUCUCACUCGCGAAACUGUGGACGACAUCAAGGCUGCGAUGCUGAGUCAAUUCCGCGAGAAAAGGGGGAAGAUCUGGACGGAAAACCCUUUGGUUCUGGCACCCAUCUACAAGUCGGUGACAUGUAGGCCGGAGAAAGCUGACAGGGUUUACAAAGAUGUCUUCAAGCCAGAGGACAAGGACAAGUACUACUAUUACCCUGUUAACGGUCAACACACUGUGGCUGCUGUGAAGGAGUUGGAGGGUGAGCCAAUAUUCGAUUUGUGGAAGAUGCACUCAUGGUCGGCGAGAGUAGUGUGGUUCUCCGACCGAGAUUUCGCUGCGUGGCAGUGGAUGCCGCUCGUGACGGCCGGUGAUGACAUUUUCCGCAAAGCCAUGGAGUUCUACGCGAAAUGGGCGGAGGGGAAGUUGUUGGGCGGCGACGGCAAGACGCCAUUGUCGAGGCCGGGCAAAUACAUGCCAGACAAAUCUCCGGGUCUGCAAGCAAUUCCGGAAAUGGGCUCGAAAGGGGCGGUUGGUGAAACGAAGAUGGGGUGGCUGGUCGUGGUCCCGCCGCCUCCGACCAAAAAGAAAACGCAAGCGGACGACAAGUUUUUCGUGGUCGUGAAGGAGUCAGACAUGUUCUGUUGGCAGUGUCUCGCCGACAUGACUGAUGUCGAGAAACUGUCGAUCCUUGACAACAUUCUCGCGCUAAGGGGAGUGUUCGUGCAGUCCGCGGACGGCCAUCUGAAGCGUCAGCAUAAACCAGGAAUUAAAGACAUGGUCGCUACGAGGAAAGUGGACCGUAUGAUGCUCCGUAUGUUCCACUAUAUCUUAUUCCUUGAAACGGAGGAGGACGAACGUGUUUGGCGUCACGGGAGCCCUUUUUUUCGGACCGAGGGGAAGCUUCUGGAGGAGUUCGGGCCGCAGGGCCUCACGAAACAGGUGUGGGUCGAAAUGCGAAAGCAUUUCCAGAGCGCGGUGGAGUACGUGAACACUUGCAAACAUACUCUUCCGCACAAGAAGGAGUCCAUCGACGACGCGAAGAGAUUGUACGAUGAUGACAGUCCGACCGAUCUCGAAUACAGUCGACGGAGAAACCUGGUGUUCGCUGUGCUCAAUGGGUACCACGGUUCACCCAGGGAGUCUCUCUCGCACUUCCUGAGAAGGCUGGAGCACGUUUACUUCACGCUGGCCGAACCGCUCACUCUCGAAAACUACAAGUCACAGUUUGACGAGGAGGACCCUUUUGACACUGAAGACAUGGAGGAGCUGAGCGACUUCGAAACCUUCGAUUUCGAGUCCAUGCCACUUCCUCGGGUGGUUGGACAGGUUGGUGAUGAAGAGGAAGGUGGCCCUCGGAGAUAUAGCACGUCCCCUGUCGGUUUGAAGCGUGUGUUUGGGCGUGAAAGAGUCGACGACCAAUCGUCUGAUGACGAAGAGGAAGUGAGAGACUAUGAUCACGAACCUUGUGACAGGCUCCCUGUGGACCGUGACACCUGGCAGAAUGACAGACUUUACUUCUUCGGCAAGCAUCACCGGUUCACGUCGGAGGAUGUCUGGGGACACAACGUCGUCUGGCACCCGAGGAUAUUCCAACCUGCUGUGAGGAAUGGAAUAUGGGUCAUGGCAAUAAAGGAGGCCGAUGGCAAGUGGAGUGGACUGAAGAGACUGGGAGCGGGUGCAUUUAAGAGAAAGGCAAGAACUGCUCUGGUGUAGCAUUUGAGUCUCAUGAACCUCAAGAGGAACGAUCCGGACGUCGAUGCGUAUGCACAACAAAAGCUACAUGAGUUG